AUGCGCUCAAUGAUCCGACGUCGUGUUCAGAUUCUUCCCACGAAUUGCCUGUCUGCGCCUCUGUUCUGUGUUGCCAUGUCUACGCAGUACUGCGUAAACAGCACAUGACUGUCCGCUCCCAACCUCAUUCAAAUUCUCGCGCCUUUGUCCAAUUCUUUCCCGGCUUGUUUCUCUUCUCUUGGUUUUUGCCCUGCUACUGACGAACACAUUGCCGAAUGAGAAAGCGCGACGGCCGCUCGCUGGGCGUGCACAUCACAUGACGACGGGACGGCUGCACUCAUAGAGGUGUCUCGAUCGAUUUCUGACCGUCACUGCUUACAAUAACAUCGCUCUUUCCCCGUCUACCUUCGAAUUCCGCGCUGUCUUCUCUUUUCUGUUUCGGCGCCAGUAUCUCCCCAUUCCGCUGCGACCCCCCCCCGUGGCCUAACUUUUUCCGCGGUGGACAUAGAAAUCCUGCAAAACAACAGUGAUUCGCAGUUCACCUUAUCAUGUUACCGAGUAAUUUCGAAAUACAGUUUUGGUUGAUUGAUAAAACCAAAAUCGUGACAGCAAGAAGAAUUCGGUCGGCAGUUCGUCGUAUCCCUUCCCUUUCUCUCACUUUUCAGUGAAAAAUGAUUUAUUAUUGCCGGAAGUUGCCUGGGUUUCUUCUAUUUUGGGCGGUUCUUGCGCCACUGAAACUUUUUGGGGGUGAACCCAUUCCCGUCUGUCACCAGUUCUCCGAUCUACUUUAAACCCUUCCGUUCGUGCUAUUCUCACCGAAUUCGGCCGUUAUCCCUUCCAAUGUUGUUUUUUUCAGAACUAGGGCCUGCUGAUCGAACGUACCAUCAUCAUCAUCGUUGUGUGAGUGACUGUGAGAGUGUGUGCGACAGAUUUUUGGCUUAAUUUUCAAGUUUCACUGCAAACUUUUCAACGUACCCAUUGUCGCCGUUUUUUGUGCGUGUGCGUGAGUGUGAGAGACUGAACCGACUUUUUGAAACAAGACUGGUAAGUGGUUGGCGGAAUUCAAGACAAAGUGUGAGAAAAAUAUGAUUUCAGAAAAGAAAUGGCUGCGACAGCAAUGGAUGUGCUUUCCCAAGCAAAGCAACAAUUCGCUCAAGGCGACCGAAUCGAUGUGGCUCUUCUGGACCAAGUGGUUGAAAUUAUGAACCGAAUGAGCGGAAAGGAGCAGGCGGAGGCCAAUAUGAUCCUCAUGAGUCUCAAGGAAGAUCGUGAAUCGUGGACAAAGGUGGACGCGAUCCUCCAGUUCUCUCAGCUGAAUGAGUCCAAGUACUUUGCUCUUCAAAUCUUGGAGACAGUCAUCCAGCACAAGUGGAAGUCUCUGCCACAAGUGCAACGUGACGGCAUCAAGUCGUACAUCAUCACGAAGAUGCUGGAGCUGUCCUCCGAACAAUCGAUCAUGGACCAAAACCAGCUGCUGCUGCACAAGCUGAACCUCGUGCUCGUGCAGAUUGUGAAGCAAGACUGGCCGAAGCAGUGGCCAUCGUUCAUCACCGAUAUCGUCGAAUCGUCGAAGACUAACGAGACUGUGUGCAUCAACAACAUGAACAUUCUGAGCUUGUUGAGUGAGGAAGUGUUCGACUCCGGAUCGCAAAACCUGACCCAAGCCAAGGAGCAACAUCUGAAGCAACAGUUCUGCGGACAAUUCCAGGAAGUUUUCACUCUUUGCGUCAACAUUCUGGAGAAGUGCCCAUCUAAUUCAAUGGUGCAAGCCACGCUCAAGACGUUGCAACGUUUUCUGACGUGGAUUCCGGUCGGAUACGUCUUCGAGACAAACAUCACCGAACUACUCUCCGACAACUUCCUUUCGCUCGAAGUCUACCGCGUGAUCACUCUUCAAUGCCUAACGGAGAUCUCGCAGAUUCAGGUGGAAACGAACGACCCAAGUUACAACGAGAAGCUGACCAAGAUGUUCUGCUCAACUAUGCGCCACAUCAGCACCGUCUUGAGUCUUGACAUAGAUCUUGCGGCCGUCUACAAGGAUGCUUCCGAUCAAGAUCAGAAGUUCAUCAACAGUCUUGCUCAGUUCCUCGUUGGCUUCAUCAAGGAGCAUGUGCAUCUGAUCGAAGUGACCGACGAGCCACUCACUGAAUCGAAGGCGAUGAUUCGUGACUCCCACGACUACGCCAUUCAACUGCUUCUGAAGAUCACAUUGAUCGAAGAGAUGGAAGUGUUCAAGGUGUGCCUCGACUGCUGGUGCUGGCUUACUGCCGAGCUGUACCGUAUCUCACCGUUCAUCCAACCGAGCACGCUCUACGGAAUGAUGAAUCAAAUGCGUGAGCAUCCACGUCGCCAGCUCUACCGCGAUUAUCUCUCUGUUCUCCGCUCGACGAUGAUCUCCCGAAUGGCCAAGCCGGAAGAAGUUCUGAUUGAGGAGAACGACCAAGGAGAAGUGGUCCGUGAGAUGGUCAAGGACACCGACUCGAUUGCUCUCUACCGGAAUAUGCGCGAGACUCUCGUCUAUUUGACGCAUUUGGACAACAAGGACACAGAAAUGAAAAUGACGGAGAAGUUGGCGUCACAAGUGAACGGAGGAGAGUUCUCUUGGAAAAAUUUGAAUCGUCUCUGCUGGGCUGUCGGGUCGAUCUCCGGAACGAUGGUGGAAGAAGACGAGAAGCGGUUCUUGGUUCUUGUCAUACGCGACUUGCUUGGUCUGUGCGAACAGAAACGCGGAAAGGACAACAAGGCGGUGAUUGCCUCGAACAUCAUGUACGUCGUCGGACAGUACCCUCGCUUUCUCAGAGCUCACUGGAAAUUCCUCAAGACGGUUAGCAGCAGUUUACAUAUGAGUUCUUUCCUAUUUUGUUUUUUUUUCAGGUGAUCAACAAGCUGUUCGAGUUCAUGCACGAAACUCACGAAGGAGUACAAGACAUGGCUUGCGACACGUUCAUAAAGAUCGCCAUCAAGUGCAAGAGACACUUUGUGAUAGUUCAGCCGGCCGAGAACAAGCCGUUCGUCGAGGAGAUGCUCGAGAAUCUAACCGGAAUCAUAUGCGAUUUGUCGCACUCUCAGGUGCACGUCUUUUACGAGGCCGUCGGACACAUCAUUUCGGCGCAGAUAGACGGAAACCUUCAGGAGGCGCUGAUCACCCAACUGAUGGAAAUUCCGAAUCGCACGUGGAGCGACAUCAUCGGCGCGGCCUGUGCAAAUGACAGCGUUCUCGAGGAGCACGAGGUGAGCAUUUUUAGCGGUUCAAUCAAUACGGUUUUUUUUAGAUGGUUCGCUCAGUUCUCAACAUUCUGAAGACAAACGUGGCCGCUUGCAAAUCGAUCGGAUCGGCAUUCGUUGUUCAGCUCGGAAACAUCUACAACGACCUGCUGUCGCUCUACAAAAUUCUGUCGGAGAAGGUGUCCCGUGCGGUGACGACAGCCGGAGAAGAGGCUCUUAAAAAUCCGUUAGUGAAGACGAUGCGAGCUGUGAAACGAGAGAUUCUGAUCCUUCUGUCGACGUUCGUCUCGAAGAACGCCGACGCGAAGCUCAUUCUCGACAGUAUCGUUCCUCCGCUCUUCGAUGCCGUUCUCUUCGACUAUCAGAAAAAUGUUCCACAGGCCAGAGAGCCAAAGGUGCUCUCUCUGCUCAGCAUUCUUGUCACCCAGCUUGGGGUAAGUCAAACUUUUAUAGAAGGUAAACUUUUUAUUCUUUUCAUUUUCAGCCGCUCCUCUCCCCACAAGUUCCGAACAUUCUCGGUGCUGUCUUCCAGUGCAGUAUCGACAUGAUCAACAAAGAUAUGGAGGUAGUUCAUUCACAAACUUUUUCCCUCCAUCUAUUCACUAUUUCAGGCAUUCCCAGAGCAUCGUACCAACUUCUUUGAGCUUGUUCUCUCUUUGGUGCAGGAGUGCUUCUCGGUCUUCAUGGAAAUGCCCCCGGAGGAUCUCGGAACAGUCAUCGAUGCUGUCGUCUGGGCGUUCCAACACACUAUGCGCAAUGUGGCAGAGAUUGGUAAGUUUGUGGGAAUGACAGACAAAAUUCAGAAUAUUUUAUUGGCUCUUAUGACUCAAUCGCAAGUAUUUAAUCACAUCCACAUCCGCGUGUCGAUCCUGUCCUCCAAUGACUUUGAGUCGAGCUCCAUACUCAUUGAAUCCUUUUUUGAAGUGGUCAGCUUCCUCUUGAACUGA